CUCUCUUCACUCACUACCUCCUCCUCAACUGCUCCUUCAAACUCCUUCAGAGUUUUAGAAAUACCCAAUUUUUUUGUGAAUCAUCUUCAAGUGAAUCAACUAACUCACUCACAUCAUGCAGCCACUGUUUAGACCGAUGGAAGGCCACCAGCUCCACCAUUUCGCCAAUUUCCACCAUUUGAGCCAACAUCAUCACGAGGCUAUGGCCGCUGCUGCUGCUGCAGCAGCCGCCGCCGCCCGGAUGAAUUCCACUCCGGUCAGCGACGAAGAGCUCGACAUGGAUGAUUCAGUCUCCUUGUCCAGCAACCAAGACGGAUCCUGCACUUCGCCAUCAGCUCCUCGUCAGGAGAAAGUCACUGAAUCCCAUCAAAACAUUAACGCCGGCUCUUCCAAUUCGGCCAAUUUGGGAUCAUCUUCCUCAUCUGAGGCCAUGAACAACCAACAAGGUCAAGGGCCAGCCGUCCGCCGUUACAGGACGGCCUUCAGCCGCGAACAAUUGGCCCGUCUGGAGAAGGAAUUCCUCCAGGAGAAUUACGUUUCUCGCCCUAGACGUUGUGAAUUGGCCGCCCAGCUCGGCCUCCAGGAGUCGACCAUCAAAGUCUGGUUCCAGAACCGACGCAUGAAGGACAAGCGCCAACGCAUGUCGCUGGCCUGGCCAGUGGCCGACCCCAUGUUCGCCGCCUAUUUGCUCCAAGCCGCCGGAUACCCUUACCCGUUGCCGGGCAUGCCGGGAAUCAAUCCGGCCGCCUGUUACGGCCAAAUGCCCCAACAAGUCCAACAGCCGAUCGGCAUGAACCGCUACUCUCCCUACGGAGCCAUGCCACUCCGCCCUCAUCCGCACACUCCGCCGACGGCCCAUCAUCCCGUCUUUGGAUUCCCAGGAGCCACUUCAUCGCCCCUAUGCCCCAGCUCGCAGCAGCAGCACAGUCUGCGCUUGCCCACUGGACAAUACCCGACAUCCAUCCCGUCCAGCGCUGGAAGCCCAAGCAACAAUGUCCAGCCGCUGUCACUGAAGAUGCCGCCAACUCCUCCGGCUCACCUUCAGCUCCGUCUGCCCACGUCGCCAUCGACCCUGAGCCAAGGAGCCAGCAGCCGGACCCCGUCUCCAGUCUCACCACUUUACAGCAGCUCCAGUUUGGGCGCCCAGGGAGGCCACCAGGCCAGCAGCAACGGACACAACAGCAGCUUCUCCGAUCGCUCAGAUCGCUCCGUCAGCUCGCCCAUCACGCCACCGGCCACUCAGACAUCACCACCGGCUAAUCCACCACGUCUCUUCCAGCCGUACAAGUUGCACGAUCUGCCAACUGAAAAAGUUUAAAAAAAGAAUUUCAAAUUUACCGCCAUCAUCAGAUAGAAUCCCACCAGUGGAAAAAAUAUGUUCUCAUUUCUUUACUUUGUUUGGCUUAUAACGCGCUGCUGCUGCUGAUCCACAAAACAAGUUCCUCGAUAUUUUCUUUCAUAGAAAUUAUAACACAACAAUAAUACUCUCUUAUAAUAUUAUUAUUAUCCUUUUCAAUGUGUGUGUGUGUGCGUGUUUUUUGAAAUUUCAAAUUGGAAACUUAUUUGUAUUUCGUCUCUUUUUUAUUCCAAAACUUUUAAAAAAUCAAAUUGUAAAUAGUUUUGUCGUUUGAUGUCCACACAAAAAUACAAUUAGAAUGUGC